AUGAGCCAGAUGCAACUGCAAUCGCAGCGCGUUCGCCGCACACGUCACCAUCGCCGCCAUCAGUCCGCAGAACCGUGCGAGUGCCUACGUCCUGUGAUAAGGGUUUUUGGUCUGCUGACUUCAUUCGUUAUCUGCGGCGUUGGCGUUGAUGUCUACAUGCAUGGCUAUCAGGCCGGUCUUUAUAUAGUUUUUUCAGCCGUGCUGGUAAUGUUCAUUGAGAUCAAGUGGCUCUUGACUAUUUUUUUGCAACUUCAGUGCGCAGAGGAUAAUUACCAGCGGAGGACCUGCAGCUGCUCGGCCUGCUGGCGACUGUCAGCGAUUUGUGGCGGUUGGCGACCCACUCCUGUUUAUGCGGUCAUCGGCAUCUGCCUGAUACUAUAUCCCCACAAUCUGUGGCUGAGUUAUGUGGCCGGGAUGUUCCUGAUACUUCUCGGGCUCCUCAGGCUUUGCACGCUGCUCAGAUUCAGCCCCUCCAAGGAGGAGGGUCUCCUGCCGCAGUGUGACUUUGAAAAGGUCUCGAGCUUUGUGGAUACCAUGGAGGAUGAUUUCGCGGAGGUUGGUGCCUCGCAAGCGGCCUUGGAGGACGAAGCGGAGGAGGAGGGCGACGACCACCCCGUCAUAGAUGACGACGUUUGCUAA